UGCGAUAGUGCAGCCCUGGCAACCAGCUGUUCGGCGAUGUGAUAAUAAUUUUUGGUUUUUUUUACCCAACACGUUUGACCCAAAACAAAAUCCGCAUUUCUGAAUAAAAAUCUUUAUAAAAUAGCAGAGAUGUCCGUGCUGCCCAAUGCCGUGAACAAUGAAUCGUCGGUGACGGCGCCCAGGAUGUUCGGCGACCCGGAUUUGGAUCGAAUGGCGAUGCAGUAUGUUGGAGACAUGCACCACUACCGCGAGAACAUCGUAAUCCCCAAGAGUAACGGCCCGGUGAAGAUCAAGACCAACGAGGAGAAGUUCAUCGAAACGGCGGUGGAGAGCUGUGGAUUCAAAUGCGCAAUGGCCUGUGUGAUGGGCUAUGGCUUGGGUGCAGCCUUAGGUUUGUUCAGCGCCUCCGUUAAUCCCAACAUGGCCGAUCCCUUCGCGAAUGAGAAGAAACAGACGGCCAGGGAAGUUUUCCGCGAAAUGCGCUCCACCACCCACUCCUACGCAAAGAACUUCGCGCUCAUCGGAUGUGUAUUCUCCGCCGUGGAGUGCACCAUAGAGAGUCAUCGGGGCGUUACGGACUGGAAGAAUGGCACCUACGCCGGAGGCAUCACCGGCGGACUGAUUGGCCUGCGGGCUGGCGUUAAGGCGGGCAUCAUCGGCGGACUGGGAUUCGCCGCCUUCUCCACGGCCAUCGACUACUACAUGCAUUCUAGAUAGGCUCAUAUUCCUCAGUUACCUUGUUUCGUAUAAAUGUUUGUUUCUAACUAA